AGAUGACACGUGUCAAGGAUUGGCGCGUGGCAUGGAUUUCCAAAUUCUCCUUUUUAUUAAGCAGAGAAGAAAGCGUCCCUCUUCCUAGCAACCAAAACGCUCUCUCUAUUCUUAACUUGUUCACUCCACGCUACGAAAUUUAAGUCCACCCUUUCUCUCUAUAUAUAUUCUCCAAUGCAAAUUCGGAUUUAGAUUAGGAUUGGUAGAAACAAAACAAGAAGAAUACGAUGAUGAAACAGGGGAGUGGGUCGUGUACGAUGAGGGAGAACGAGGUUGCUGAAAUCCUCGUUAACCUCCCAAGUCUUAUAUGGGAAUUCGAGUGUGGCUGUGGAAUCCUACAACCUUCGUGGGGUUGCAAGAGAAAGAGAUCUGCGAUUGGCGUUGAUCCAAAAGCACGGCAAGCUUCAAGUCCUGCCACCCCUCUCUCCUUCUCUCCCAGUGAGUCCGAUGAAAACCCCUCCACACUCAUAAGAACAAGAACAAGAAACGUUUCUCUCAAAAGGAAGAGAGAACACUAUGUCAAGAUUCUACAAGAUUUGACCAAACAUAACGAUUUGAUCCGUGGGGAGAUAAAGAAUGUGAAGCGUCACAAUGAAAAACUGAAGGAGUACAAUUUGAAGUUGAAAGCAAGAAAACAAGAGCGAAGUCAUGGCCCAAGUCAAGGUGGUCUGGUACACAAGCAACCACAACAGCAAUUCCAAUUUUCCGGCAUGGCGCAUCAUCCACCGUUGAUAUUGAAUCAGACGGCUGGGCCAGCCCAAAUAAGAGGCGGCGAGGGCGUUGUUGGUCCUGCUCACGCAACGACGUCGUUAGGUAGUAAUGAUGUGGGCCCAAUUGGAAUUCCCGAUCUGAACCUGCCACUUGAUGAGUCCAUGACCAUGACAAUGGAGUUUUGUGAUAUAAAUGUGAGUUUGGCCAAUAAGGAUCUGAGUAGGACCAUGGCAGCUCAGGCCCGCCAGAAUAUGCUUCAAAAAUACAGGUUCAAGAAUCCAAUUGGAAUUAGUAAACCCCGUUACUCUUGUAGAUGAUGGUAAUUAUAGUACAGUAUUAUAUUUGCAUAUACUUUAAUUUGUUCUUCCUUUUAAGUUCUUACCUUCAAUUUUGUUUUUAGCCAUUGCUAAUAGUACAAGUUUUUUCAUACUACUAUUCGUAAGGAAGGAAUUGAAUGGGUGUUACUGUUCACAGAAUGUAUAUUUUGGAAUCUCUCUGGGAGAUUUUGUCGGACUUUUGUUUCAUGAUAAUGAUUUUAACGUUUCAGA